AUGGCGAAGAAAGCUGCAGAGAAGAAAGCCACAGACGGUAAGAAGGCUGGAGAUAAGAAAGGCGGAAAGGGUGCUGGAGCAGCUGAAGAUGGGGCCGAGAAGGGUGGAAAGGGAAAGAGCGGUUUGAAGCCUGCAACCGCUAUAAAUGUACGCCAUAUCCUGUGCGAGAAGCACUCGAGAGCCACAGAGGCGUUGGAAAAGAUCCAGGGCGGCGAGCGAUUCGACAAGGUCGCUCAGGAGUACUCAGAGGAUAAGGCCAAAGCUGGUGGAAGCUUGGGUUGGAUGACACGAGGAUCGAUGGUGGGGCCCUUCCAAGAAGCCGCCUUCGCCCUGCAGCCGUCGACUGUGGACAAACCCGUGAUGUCUUCUCUCGUGAAGACGACUCAUGGAUACCAUAUUAUUAUGGUUGAAGGUCGAAGAUGA